GUUAUCUAUUUUAUCACUCAUUUGUUGAACUUUUAGAUUCUCAAAUCGAACGAAAUUAGUACAAAAUCGUAUUGCAAUAGUUAAGCAAAAAUGCAUCUUUUGAAUUAUUAUUGCUUGAUAGUAGUUUUUGUAAGCCGCACGAGCGCUUUGAAUUCAUGUUCUGGGCGUCCUCCGUUGUUAUAUUCCAGUUUGGAGAAUUGUUGUGGUUUCUUAAUGAACAAAACGGAUGAACAAAAUUUAUAUUUAGACGAUUGUUGGGGCACUCUGCCUUUCCUCUACGACAAGGACGACUUAGAUAGUUUAACUGUGAGCAAUAGUUUUAUUAAUUGGAAUCCAGAGAGCAAAAUAUUUACGCAGGACGUUUCAAUUAAGGAGUUGAAAGUUAUUAAUAGUAAUAUAAAGAGCAUAGGAGAAGAAAAUUUUAUAAAUUUACACAAAGUCGAAAUAAUUGACUUAAGUUACAACGAUAUUGCUGAUAUUCGAUUGAACACGUUCACACAUGAAAACUUGCCGAAUUUGAAGGUAAUUAAUUUGACUGGAAAUCCAUUGAGCGAGGAAUCGUUAUUAAUACUUAAAGAGAUCAGCAAACGAUUCGAGGAUAGAGAGGAGAGCGUUGGAAUCUACGUGUAUUUUAUCAUAGCCUUUGAAAUACUUGCAAUUAUUGGAUUAUCUUAUGGAAUUUGGAAGAUUUCGAAGUUGUCGAAACGUAAAAGUAUACCUGUUGCUACAAGAGAGGACCAUGAUAAUUCUGCUUUACAAUUAGAAUUGGAGGAUCAGCAAUUACAUAGAUUUGAGUUUGAACCAAAAAGCACCUAUUCUUCAUUUAACUCUCCAGUAUUAUCAUUAAAUGGAUACGAGUAUUAUGAUGGGGAUAACGAAGAUAAAUUAUAAUAAGUUAAAAAGUUCG